UCUCACAGUAGGUCCGAUGAAGCGUAUGUAAACAGUAGCGAUGCUAACGCUGAUGACUGCUAGCUCCCCUUAAACAGUAGCGGGGACUUCUGACAGCGUCCAACUUGCAGCAUCGUCGUGGGACGCUACAGUGCCAGGGGAGGACUGUGCCCGACAGCAGUCGCAUCAAAAACCGUAACCUAGUUUAUGUGUGUUGGGGGGCAUUCGUUACUGCAGGGAAACCCGCCGUUGACAGAGUAACGGCUACAUGUUCCUAGCUAGUGUCGGCUAACGCCGAAUGUUCAGUUACCUGCGAGCUGUCUCCUGAGUAACAGCGCUGAUUGAGGCUCUGUCAUGCUUUAGCCAAUGUAACGCAGCUAUUGUGGACAGUAAUAUGCGGAGGUAACAGCGUUGUAGUCUCGUUUACUGCUCGAUCCGCCGUCUCCUCUAUUUUCCGUUUAGCAUUCUCGACAUCCUUCUUCUUCUUCGUCGUCGUCGCCUUCGUCUUCUUCUCCGGCGUAUGCUGCAGAUCUGCCUCCAGUGGUGGAGCCCUUCUUCGUUGGUUUUCUGGCAGAUGAUGUAGUGUGCGUUGCUGCCAUCUAGUGACAAAGUACUUCAACUUGAAAUUAAUGUGGCUUAUAUAGAGACGCACGGAUCCACUGCCAUCUGACGACCACCGCUUUUGGAAUGAGCAGGAUCGUCAGCAAGUUACGCUCCCGCCCCUUCCAGUCCAGGUGAAGAGUGAUCUUGCUCACCAUGGAACCGAAAGGAUCCUCUCCGUCCCCGCAGGGUGGGCGGCUACCUCGAAGGAGUCUGGGUUCCAGCUCCGGCCUGCACUAUGGUUCCUUUGUGAACAGCCUUUCUUCACUCACACCCAAACUGGACCAGAGACCUUCCCCGUCGCACAGACGCGCCUAUGUCGCAGUGGCCGUGCUCUGCUACAUCAAUUUACUCAACUACAUGGAACGAUACACAAUAGCAGGUGUUCUGCUAAACAUCCAGACCUUCUUUGACAUCAGCGACAGUAUAGCAGGACUUCUGCAGACAGUUUUUAUCUGCAGCUUCCUAGUGGCGGCCCCGCUCUUUGGUUACCUUGGCGACCGCUACAACCGGAUAUACAUCAUGGCCGGCGGUUUGAGUGUGUGGCUUGUGACUGCAACCGCCAGCUCUUUUGUCACCGAGUCGUAUUUUUGGCUUCUGGUGCUGUUACGGGGCCUUGUGGGGAUAGGAGAGGCCAGCUAUUCCACUAUCGCUCCCACCAUCAUCGGGGACCUUUUCACUGGGACACAACGGACCAUCAUGAUCUCGGCUUUCUACAUCUUCAUCCCGGUUGGAAGCGGUCUGGGCUACAUCGCAGGCUCAUCAAUAGCCAGCCUCACUGGAGACUGGCACUGGUCUCUGAGGCUGACACCCAUUUUGGGUCUCGUUGGGCUUAUUUUACUGGUGCUCUUAUGCCCGAACCCAUCCAGAGGUGCUGCGGAAAACAACGGUCAUGGCGUUCAUGAGCAGAGCUCUUACCUGGAGGACGUCAAGUAUCUUCUGAAAAAUAAAAGUUACGUGUGGUCAUCUCUGGGUGUCACAGCAAUGGCCUUCCUCACCGGAGCCCUGGCUUUCUGGAUGCCCACCUUUCUGUUCAGGGCUCGGGUGUCUCAGGGACUCGUCUCCCCGUGUUCCACAGCGGCGUGCAAUUCCACGGACAGUUUUAUCUUCGGCGCCGUCACGGUGGUCUCGGGUAUUCUCGGAGUCUGUCUCGGCACCGGCCUGUCCAGAUGGUUGAAGAACAAAGUUCCCAACGCAGAUCCGCUCAUCUGUGCUGGAGGAAUGCUGGGAUCCGUCCCCUGCCUCUUCAUCAGCAUCUUCGUGGCAACGGCCAACAUUCCAGCCACCUAUGUCUUCAUUUUCAUCGCUGAAGUACUGUUAUCACUGAACUGGUCCCCUCUGGCUGAUAUGCUUCUGUACGUUGUCGUCCCGACCAAAAGGGCCACAGGCGAGGCUCUGCAGAUCACAGUCUGCCACCUUCUCGGGGACGCCGGGAGUCCUUAUCUGAUAGGAACGAUUUCUGACGCCAUACACAGAUCCAAGCCGGCAUCCACCGACUGGAGCUUCCCGAGUUUACAGUACAGCUUCCUGUUGUGCCCUUUUGUUGGGAUCCUUGGGGGAGUUUUCUUCCUCAUGACGGCUCUUUACAUCAACAACGACCGAAGGGCAGCUAUGCAGUUGGAAGAAGUAGAUCCCCCCCUGCAAGGUCCUGCACCCGAGCCCACUGUGGAACCGAACAAUGCGCAAAAUAUGUAACAGCAGUUCGGCAUUAAAUUUAUUUUUUAAUUGAA